UGCGCGGCACGCCAGGCAGCCCCCUAUUAUUAUUGUAAGAAUAAUUUCACUUAUGAAAAUGGCGGCGAGUCAGGGAGCUGUGGGACCUGCGGCGGCUCUCCAGAGCCAGCAUUAUCUGAACGUCGCGCACUGGAACCCUGGCGUGAUGCAGCAGCAGCCGCAGCAGCUGCACCCGCUACACACCGCCCGCAGUCUGGAGCGCGCACUGGAAGAUGCCGUCUGCUCCGGGAUGCUCAACAUCAGCGGAAGAAAACUGCGCGAAUACCCGGGGCUCAACUACGAUUUGACCGAUACUACACAAGCAGACUUGUCGAAAAACCGUUUUUGUGAACUCCCUCCAGAAGUUUGUAUGUUUGCACCACUGGAGUCUUUAAACCUCUACCACAACUGCAUAAAGGUCAUUCCAGAGGCCAUUAUAAACCUACAGAUGCUCACCUACCUGAACAUCAGUCGAAAUCAGCUGUCCGUUCUCCCCAAGUUUCUCUUCACUCUUCCUCUGAAAGUGCUUGUGGUCAGCAACAAUAAACUCCUGUCUAUUCCCGAGGAGAUCGGAAAGGCCAAAGACCUCAUGGAACUGGACAUCAGCUGUAAUGAGAUUCAGGUGCUUCCUGCACAGAUGGGAAAACUCCUCGCAUUACGAGAGCUCAACAUACGAAGAAACCUCCUACAAGUGUUACCAGAUGAGUUGUCUGAUCUGCCAUUGAUCAGGUUGGAUUUCUCUUGUAAUAAGAUCACUGAGAUUCCCAUAUCUUACCGCAAACUUAAGCAGUUACAGCACAUCGCUCUCGACAACAACCCCAUGCAGUCUCCUCCCGCCCAGAUUUGCCUGAAGGGGAAGAUCCACAUCUUUAAGUAUUUAAACCUGCAGGCAUGUCGCCUGGAUAAAAAACCAGACACACUUGACCUGCCUUCUCUGGGAAAACGCUGCUUACCUCAGCAGCUGACAGACAGUAUGGAAGAUUUCUAUCCCAGUAAAAACCAUGGCCCUGACUCAGGUAUUGGCAGUGACAAUGGUGACAAAAGACUGUCGACUACAGAGCCAUCUGAUGAUGAUACAAUGAGUCUCCAUUCUCAAGUGUCUGAGACAGCGCGGGCGGAUCCACACAUUCUUCUCACAAAGCUGGACUCAAACAAAGAUCAGGACCCAUAUGACUUUAUUGACCCAAAUCCAGAUGAAGAGGCUACUCUGUCUGAGGGAGAUCUACAGCACAAUGCACCCUAUGUGUCAUGUAUAAAGAAGCUGGAGCGGGUUCUGAAAACGCACCAAAGCAAAGACAAAGAGAACUGGAAAGAAGAGUCUGGCUCAGAGAAAGAGCAGUUAGCUGAAGAGGAGGAGGAUGACUUAAAGGAAGUGUUGGAUCUAAGGAAGAUCGCAGUACAGCUGCUACAACAAGAGCAACAGAACAGGAGGCGGUCCCUAAUUUGUAGGGCAGAGAGUCUAAUACACCGUAGAAGAGCAGCGGGGAGAGCUCACAGGUUUCUCAGCCACUCAGGGAGCAGCACCAAACAGAGAUCCCCAGCUCAGACUGUCAGAAGUGCAUCAUUAGAUGAAGGAAGCAGCUCAGCCUCUGCCUUAAGUGGACAGGAGACUGAUCUCACUGAUGAAGAUGCGGCUUUCUCUGAGCCUUCUUCUUCUUGCUCAUUUGAUGGAAGUUUGAAAUCAGAAAGCAGUGACUCAGAACCAAGAUGGCCAGAGAUUCCUCCUGUGCUCAACCAGAAUGAGGAUCGGAGAAAAAACAAGUACCUGAGAAAAGACUACCUGAAGUACAAGUGUCAAAGUGCUCGAAGAAACUCCAGUGGCAAUGACAAUGAUUGUGAGGAGGGAAUGCGGUCUAAUGAUUUCACCACAACUCUCACUGUCUUUGGCCUGAAACCAAGAUCAGCCUUCUCCCGUGGAAACCGUCAAGACUUCAGCUCCACAGACCCAAGCUUUACCAUGAGGAGAAAGAUGGAGCACCUCAGGGAGGAGAUGGAGCAGAUCAGACUCCUGCGGCAGAACCUCGAGUCUAGGUUGAAGGUUUUGUUGCCAGAUGAUGUGGGUGCUGCCCUAAUGGAUGGUGUUGUUUUAUGCCAUCUGGCCAAUCAUAUUCGCCCUCGUUCCGUGGCCAGUAUUCAUGUACCCUCUCCUGCUGUGCCAAAGCUGAGUAUGGCUAAGUGUCGGCGGAAUGUUGAGAAUUUCUUGGAUGCUUGUAAAAAGCUUGGAGUGCCACAGGACAAGUUGUGUUUGCCACAUCACAUCCUGGAGGAGCGAGGUCUGGUGAAAGUUGGUGUCACUGUACAGGCACUGCUGGAUCUUCCAUCAUCAAAGCCCAAUCAACUUUCUACCAUGUAGCAUCACUUGAUCAUGGGACGUCCCUUCACCCUGCCUUACCACCUCAUCCUCACUCCUCACUCUCAGUGCUGAUCUUUGACCUAUUAUGGGGAGGUCAUGGCCCUAACUCAACUGUGGUGAACAGGCCGGCUUCCCCCUACCUCUUAUAAGCCUCUAUGGAGGGGUCUAGACAUUUUAAAGCUCCAAUAUUGUGCCCUAUUGGAGGGAAAUUGUACGUUAAAGCCACACAUUUCAUUCUGAGAGGACUGUUUCUAGUCCACCACUGGCUAUGCCAUCUGUCCCCUCUUAAUGCUGGACACCUCUGUCUCCUUUCUUUUGUAUCUCCUCCUCAUCGCUCUUGUGUUCACUCUUCUCUUGGACCGGUGAGCCCAACAACGGGCGAGGACGUGGGAAAAGUAUGCAGCUUUCUGGCUGAUUCUGGACCAGAGGGAUGGUGUUAUUUCAGUGUCACUCCAGCCCUCUCCUGUAUGAAGUCACUAAGAGCUGUCAGUCAUCUCGUUACAUUCUGUCUGUUUCCUGUCUGUCUGAGGAAAUAAGUGGGCCAGAGACAUGUAUUGAUGUACAUGUAAUCAUAACCAGACCAGCAACGAGGACACCUGCAAAGGACCAAUAAAGAUGCUGCCAUAAAAAAUGAUCAUGGCUGUCAUAGCUGUUGAUACUACAGUCAGGUGAGUCAUUGGAAGUGUGUUAGAAAGUAUUAGUUUCUUCCUGCAUCCCUGAACUGUUUUCUUUUAACCGUGAAGACACUGCUCACAUACUAAGGCUAAUUUAUCUUCUUUUUUUUUUGUACCUGCAAAUGUUUGUUUUUAUUCAUCACUGGUUUCCCCACAGGAUUUAAUUUAUUGCUUCAGUUCUCGUGAACAGUAUGAGUAAGGUAUUUACAACAGAAUUCCUGAACGUUCUGCACGUUCUGGUGUAAUGUUUGUUUUGCAGGUAUGAAUAGUUUCAGCAAUAAAAAUAGACCAAAAAAAAUAUUGCAACACCUAAUUACAUAGAGUAGAAACAGUCCUUUAAUUAUUGAAACACCGCAUUGUAUGGAUUUAAAUUUACGUUCAACUAAAGGCUUGUUUUAAAAAGAAAAUGUCUCAUGGAUAAACAAAUGCUUGGAGAAUUUAAUCAAGUUGUAAAGGAUCUGAUGUGCAGCAGUUCAUCUGUAAACUGAAGACUUUUUAGAAAUUUUAGUAUGUACAAAGAAUUUUUAUUAUUUGUUUUAUUAAGAAAUUUAUUUAUUUACCUUUAUGUACUUUUGUGUGUUUUAUUUAUUUCUUUGAGGUCUCUUUACUUCAUCAACCUCUGAAAAACAUUAAUUGUAUUGCUCAAAAAUCAGCAAUACCAUUCAAAAAGUCUUGCGUGUAAUAUAUUUUUCCAAACAAGGAAAUCUGAGGAGCCAUCUUGACAGGUUUUAGCUCUUGAAGUUGCAAUUUCUGCAGGACAUCUGUGUUUACAUGCACACCAGAAAGCUGUUUAUUGUGAGAAAGCAAAUUAGGAUCAGAUGAGACAUUUCUCAGAUGAGAAACAUUCACAUGCCAGGUUUUAUCCCAUUAUUUUCACAUCAGUAGCUUUUUCCACACUUUUAUGUUAAUUUAAUUGUACAGUGCUUUCUCAUGUGCACUCAUCAAAAAAACUGCAAGAACGCUGCUUAUGCGUUUACACGACUGCAUAAGCUACAUUCUCAUAUGGAAGUAAAAAAACAGCCACUAAUUCAGUGCAUGUGUAAACCAACUUUCGUGUCUUAACCCUCUUUCUCAUAGUAAACAGCUUUAGUGUGCAUGUAAGUACUGUCACUCAACAUUUGCCUUUUUUAAGCUUUUUCUGCUCACUACCUGAUCAUUAUCCAUAUCAAUAGCUUUAACGCUUGCAGAUUCAAGUCGGCAUGAAACAUCAGUCUUUCUUUCCGAUUGAAACCGAUUCUCGAACAAGAAAUAUUGUAGGGCGGGACUUGAUUUUGUCCAUUGGGAAUUGAUUGGAUUGUUGUGUUUCGCUGUGAUCUCAUGUGAUUGACAGUUUGUCCUGCCCUCAAGCCAGUGAACACAUCAUCAGAUGAGAUGUUGCUGCAAGAGGAAGGGGAAGUGCACAUGAAUUCUAAAAAAUUAUAAUGAUGCGCACGGAUAAAUCUUUUAUAAUAAAUACUGCAGUAUGAAAUAAGAAUUGUCAAUUUUGAUUACAUGAUGACUUCAAUAGGCGUGUUGAUCUGUAUCGGAGGUCUAAACACAGUUUACAAUCUUUUACCAUUCAUAACUUUUUGCCAUAAUAUUCUUGUGACAAAUACAGGUAUUUUUGCUGUCGUGCCUGAAUAACACAUCUUGCACAAGCACAUCUGGUAAGUUAGCCUACUUGAUGUUUUGAAGAGGCUGAUGAGUAAAUAUUGAUUUAUGUCUUUCAAAAUCUCACAUGCUAACCUGGCAAUAGGAGCAGCUGUUGACAACUUUUCUGUGGAAAGAAGUUUUCAGACAUAAAUUUCCAAUGAUUAGUAAUGUUUGCUCCCCUACCAUAUUCCAUUUAUCAUAGCAGCUUGCUUCUGGUUCAAGUCCAAAGCUUGGUGAUGGAUUGAUGACAGCAGUUCCUCAGGCUAAUUGCCUCCUUGACACAAUCUCAGCCAAGAAUCUAAAAUGUUUUCUACAGUUCUUCUCAACAAAAUAUGUUUAUAUUAUUUGUUAGUUUCACUCUGUCACCCCCAUUAAAUAAGAUCUGUGUGAAUUUCAUGUUAAAUGUACCAUAAUAGAUCAGUUUAAAAUCUAAGUUGGCUGUUUCAAUCCGUUUAGCAUUUACAUUUAUGACAAGAUUUUCCAAUUAGCCAUCUGUCACUCCUACACGCCAACGUACGCUGUCGCUUACAAGAUUCCACAAACUGGUUUCCUUGUACAAGGUAUAAAUUGCAUACUGCAUGCUACUUUUUAAAUAUGCUAUAGUACUCAGUAUGCAACAGUAAUGACUGAACUGUAGAAGAGAUAAUCUUUGCCAUAAGACUUAAAUUGACUAAUUUAAUGCUGAAAAAGUUUUUAUGACAGACUUAAUUCUUUGUGGGAAACACGUAGACAGCUCAUACUGAGUAUGCACAUUUACACUGUUGAUUGUGAGGAGUAUGACAGUAUGCUGUUUUGAUGAAAGCCAUUCUCAUGCUAUUUUUGUCCCCUUUCCCAAUCAAACCACAUCUUAGCAAAGCUUUGAAAUGAUCUCACCUGUCAGCUCUGAUUCUCAUUCAUGUUGAUGAGAAAAUGUUCAGUUUGUAAAAAGAAGUCUUGAUUCAAAAGUAAUAGACAGGAGAUGCCUCCUAUGCAGUGUGUACUGUAUGUAUAGAUGUUUUUGUAUGACACAACUGGAUUGCAUGUCUGGAUCAUACCAUUGUACAUAAUCUCUGUUUCAACACAUUAGGAUGUUUCUUAAAAAGGAAAACUGAAACAUUUCAAGGGUCAAAAUACUGGAAUAAAAUGACCUUUUUACAAUGUU